AUGGCGAGCUUCUUUCUUCUUGGAUUUGGGCUUGAAUUGCAACUGGCUCUCAACAAUGUCUUUUGCGCCAAUCUCGCGAAUGCUACGACAGCGUUAGGUUUUCUUCACGGUAGCUAUGAAAUUAGCGGGAUCAUGGGACCGCUUAUCGCGCCAGCUUUGGCGUUUCAUGGGGACCGAUGGUCCUUCUAUUACGCUCUCACUAUGGCCCUAGCAGGUUAUGAAAAGGAGCUGCCUGUGCAACUGCUUACUGCACUCCAGCAGAAUGCUUCCCAUCAAGAACAUGAACGUGGCGUUUCAAAUCAGAAACACUCGUUGAAGCAAGCGGUCAAGACAAGAACUACUCUUCUCGGUGCACUCUUCAUCUUCGCUUAUCAGGGUGCGGAGUUUUAUCGUGGUGGAGACCCCUCGCGGGUCGGGUACAUGAGUGCAGGAUUAUGGGCUGGGAUCACUCUUGGGCGUUUCGUCCUCUCACGUCUCGCCCAUAUGAUCGAGGAGAAGCUGUCCAUCGUCACGAGGCUCAUUCCCAAUGUAAUCGGAGACGUCGUUGCAGUAGCUCUCGUGGGUUUACUGCUAGGACCUGUGUACCCUUGCGCUACCACCGUGUUCAGCAAGCUGCUUCCCCGAUCGAUACAGGUAUCGAGUCUGAAUUUCAUCGUGCAUUAG